UCUGCUCGCUUUCAGAUGCCAGUUGUGACAUGGAUCAGCCAAGCUCGUAGUCCCCAGUCUCGCUCCCCUUCCCGCGUGUGUGUGCGCGCGCGCGGCGGGGAAGACAACCGCUGCGCGGCGCAAAGCACGCCGGCCCGAGCGCCAGGACCGCGAAUAGGACCGGGGCAGAAGGAGGGGCCGCUGGGGGAGCCGCCGGGCAGGCGCAGAGCGGGAGAGGCGCAACAGGCGGGGCGGUGGGCGGCUCGGCAGUGGGGUGCGGAUGACGGACGGCGCUGCCCGCUGAAGGAGAGGUGGGGUUGCAGGCUGAGCGGCGGCAUGCGGGCGGAGGAGCCGCCGGCACUGGCGGCCCCGCAGGCGGGCGGUGGCGAGGUGGAGCCGACCAGCGAGGAGCAGGGUGGCAGCGGCUGCUGCAGCAGCGAGCGGCUGGUGAUCAACAUCUCUGGGCUGCGCUUCGAGACACAGCUGCGGACCCUCUCCAUCUUCCCUGACACGCUGCUGGGCGACCCAAGCCGCCGGGUGCACUAUUUCGACCCCCUCCGCAACGAGUACUUCUUUGACCGCAACCGACCUAGCUUCGACGCCAUCCUCUACUACUACCAGUCUGGAGGGCGGCUGCGACGGCCAGUCCAUGUGCCCCUCGACAUCUUCCUGGAGGAGAUCCGCUUCUACCAGCUGGGCCAGGAGGCCAUUGAGACCUUCCGGGAGGAUGAGGGUUUCAUUCAGGAGGAGGAGAAGCCCCUGCCUGAGCACCACUUCCAGCGCCAAGUCUGGCUGCUCUUUGAGUACCCUGAGAGCUCUGGACCAGCCCGUGCCAUCGCCAUUGUCUCUGUGCUGGUGAUCCUCAUCUCCAUUGUCAUCUUCUGCCUGGAGACCCUGCCUGAGUUUCGCCAGGAGCCCAAGGUUACCCAGCCUGGCUUCAGGGAGCAGGCCGUGCUUGAUGACAACAUGCUGCUGCCUCCACCACCACCAAGCGGGACCCCCCAGCCUCCACAGUCCACUGCUGGUGCUGGCCCUUUCUUCACUGACCCUUUUUUCCUCAUCGAGACUCUAUGCAUCAUCUGGUUCUCCUUUGAGCUUCUUGUGCGUUUUUUCACCUGCCCCAGCAAGCCUGACUUCUCUCGCAACAUUAUGAACAUCAUUGACAUUGUGGCAAUCAUCCCCUACUUCAUCACCCUGGGCACAGAGCUGGCUCAGCAGCAGCAGCAGAAGCAGCAGUCUGGGAGUAGCAGCAACAAUGGGGGCCAACAGCAAGCCAUGUCCUUGGCCAUCCUCAGAGUCAUCCGACUGGUCAGGGUAUUCAGGAUCUUCAAGCUCUCCAGGCACUCCAAAGGGCUACAGAUCUUGGGGAAGACCCUCCAGGCCAGCAUGAGGGAACUAGGUCUCCUCAUCUUCUUUCUCUUUAUUGGGGUGAUCCUCUUUUCUAGUGCCGUAUACUUUGCAGAGACCGAUGACCCUGACUCAUUGUUCACCAGCAUUCCUGAUGCUUUUUGGUGGGCAGUGGUGUCUAUGACCACUGUGGGCUAUGGGGACAUGUAUCCCAUGACAAUUGGUGGCAAGAUUGUGGGUUCCCUGUGUGCCAUUGCGGGUGUGCUCACCAUUGCUCUGCCUGUGCCUGUCAUCGUGUCCAACUUCAACUACUUUUACCAUCGAGAGACUGAUCAUGAAGAGCAGUACCAGUACACCCAUGUCACCUGUGGCCAGCAGGAGUCACCCUUCUCUGAGCCCAAGAAGGGGAACAGUAAUCAGUCUCUCAGCAAAUCUGAAUUUUUGGAAGUGGAAGAGCUGGAGUCCAUGAAAUAUUCCAACUUCAUUCCCCCCAGUAAUCAGGGUUAUAAAGAGAAGAAACUGCUGACAGAAGUGUGAUCAGUUUUGUUAUCCUGGGUCCAGGCACAGAGCUGCAAGCUGCUGCACAACCGUCUUCGCACUAGCAGUUGGAUAUAUUCAGCAUUUACAUACCAGACUGUGAAUUGUGAUACCGUAAACAGAGUCAUUGUGAUAAUGGGCUCUUCUGUCCUGAUUUGCUGUUUCUCAUUAUUGUGUGCAGUCAGAAAUGUUCUUGCUUUAUUCUGUAGAGUGCUAGCUGUCAUUCCCUGCUCCCUGAUGAGUGUCUUUUCCUUUUUUUGAAGACCACUGUAAUCCAAUUUUAGCUCAGAAGCCUUAUCUUUCUACUCCACUAGCAAAGAAGUCCUUGCAACAAUUUCAGCUGAAGGAUUCUGCAAGGAGUAAGUAGUUAAAGGGGCUAUGAACAUCUGGCUCAAGCUGUACGCUUGGUUCCUGUGCCAGCUUGGUUCCCUUGGCUGUGGGAUCAGUCACGCCUGCCAUGCCAUUGCCUUUGAAUAAUGGAAAUGCUGUAGCUAGCCUCACAGUGAGUUCUGCAGCUGUAGAGAAAAGUCAGCAAACAGAUGCCUUUCUUCUUUGCAACACUUGGCUUGCAGAAGAUCCUCUUGUUUUAUGUUUCCAAAAAGUUGCAUAGAUAUAAAAGCUCUUUGCUACUUCGUAUAUGCAUUUAUCAUAAGUUAGCAAAAUAAUUUGACAGGCUUGUUGAAGAUUCUCUGUGUUUUGAUCUUAUUUCAGCCUUAUUUGUGCCAGUGUCCUGAUGUUAAUUGGCUUUUAUAGUACCAAGUUAACCUUUGUAGUGGUGCCUUCUCACUUUUGAGAAAAUUCAUUUGUUAUCUCCUCAAUUUAUCUGCACACAGCAGUGUUUAACGAGAUGUACUUUAUGCUUCAGCUACCCAGUUCUGUAUUGAGGCAUGUGAACACAGUUGACUCCACUGCAUUUUAAUUGAAGUGUUUCUGUAGCUGAGGAAAGUUUGCAUGUUGGUAUUUUGUUGACAUUGCCAAGAAACACAACCACCUGUGCUGUCUGAAAAUUCCAGUGAUAUAGUGGGUCACAGUCAUAAAUUACCCCUGGGUAAAUGUAUCAGCAUUAGAGACUGGCCCUUACACAAGCUUCCCUUAGACAUCUGCGCAAACUCAAUAGCAUACCCCAGAACUUUCAAAUGAGAGGAUAAAGAGGUAGCCUUGAAGAGGUAUUUUUACUUUAUUACUGAUUCAGCCAGUUCUGGGUAUUUCUUUAAUAGAAGGCACAGAAAUUAUUUUUGCAUGUACUAGGUUUUAUGAGAGCAACUUACAGUAGCAAUGCAAAAUACAUUCCUUGGCCUGCAGUGCUGGGCCUGUCAAGGGACCAGAGAUUUGCAUUUUAAGAUGCAUGCUUUUCUUCCCAGAUCAUAUUUAUCUCUGCCUAUUCCCAAUUGUAAAAUGUUUCAAAUGCUGCUUGAGGAUGAAAAGGGGAAACAAAUACUUUUAGUUUCUACUGGUAAAUUUUCAUGCAAACGCA